UGCACCCAGUCGAGUUUGCGCGAGCAGCUUUGUGUGUAGGUUACAGGGUUUCUAAGACGCUAAAAGGAUUUUUAAUAAGACGGGUAUUCAAGGUACCGUUCUUAUGGUGGAACUAUCUUGGACCACAGUUUCUCGAAGACCUUGCUCGAAGUGACGCAAAACAACGUGAAAACUGAAGACUAACAACAAUAGUCUCAUUUCUAUUACACUUUAUAAACGGUGUAGCAUAGAUUACUAUUAAAACGUGUUUAAUUUGUCUUUUGUCUAGUUCGGAGAAUGUGCUUUAUUUGACAAAAAAGACCUUCAGCAAAGACUAAAUACACGAAAGGAUACUUACUACACUGCUUGGCCAAGAGACGUGAAUCAAAAGUUUUAACAAACCACAACAAACAAACAAACAAACAAACAAACAAACAAAACGAACAUGUCUGGCAGAAAAGUCGUAGUCGUGUUCGGAGCCACAGGCAUGCAAGGUGGUUCAGUAGCGAGAGCUCUCGCCCGUUCUGGACAGUUUACAGUUCGAGGCGUCACGCGGGACUUGGAGAGUAAAAGAGCGCAAGACCUCGUGGCUGACGGGGUGGACCUUAUGAACUAUGACCUCAACGAGCGGGGAAGGUGUCCGUCAUGUCGUGUUUAGUUCCCAGCUCCACUCCGUCCGCGUCUGCAGCAUCAUGGCGCGCCACCUGGUGGCCAAGGCGGAAAUAGAACAGUACAUGCGCGAGCUGGCACUUCCACUCACUUGUCUCAUCAUGCCGGUGUACUACCAAGACCUGUGCCACAUUUUCCGGCCGCGCACGACAGAUGGCAGAAAUUAUGACAUAGCAGCUGACAGUGUACGAGUUUAACCAGCGACGUUGCCAAGACUUGCCUGGAGCCACAGACUGGGCCAACAUGUUUCAGUUCUUCAUGAGAGUGGAUCAGAGGUACAACUUGUCCGAAAGCAAGAAACUCAACCCAGCUGUCCGGUCCUUUGAGCAAUGGGUUGAACAGAAUGCCGCUAUGCUCAAUGAAAUCAUAUGAUAUUAAUAUUGUCACUCCUUUUUUAUGAAUCAUAUUGUCUAGAUUGGGGGUUUUGUUUUUUGCUAUUGUUUUUGUUUUUGCUUUGUUGCUGUUGUUUAUACUUAUCAUUCCGUCCGAAUUCAUACCACAGGUCUUAGUCUCGGCUUAGUUUUGCAAUUUUAGGGAUCACAUCCGAUUUCAUCUCUCAGCAUGUUAUUUUUUCCCCUGCUGAUCAUGUUCAGAGGCAUUCUUCACAGGUAAUGAUAUCCCAAAUUUGUUAGAUGCUCAUAGACUCUUAAUCCUUUUCCAUCGACUAUUCAGUUGAACUUCAGUCACAGGUUAGGAGUACGAAAUUAAAAGAAAUUGUUAUAGCCUGCAACACUAUAGAAAUAAAAGUAGCAAAUGCACUGAACCAUCAUCUUUUGCAGUUUUUGCAUUCCAACGCUCUCUCUCUCUCUCUCUCUCUCUCUCUCUCUCUCUCUCUCUCUCUCUCUCUCUCUCUCUCAUCCCUUUUUCUGCGGGAACAUAGACUAGCCAUAAUGAUAUAAUAUACAUAACUAACUCUAUAAGAAGACGAAAAAAAA